AGUGGGAGACCUGGGGGCCGGGGCCGCCUCUGCACACCCAUCUGCCGGCUUCUCCAGCUCAGUCGAAUCGGAGGACCGGUGGCGACCUCGGCCUCCAGCGUCUCAGGCAGACCGAAGCGGCGGGGGCCAGGAUGGUGUUGCUGGGCUUACUGCAGGCGGGCGGGUCGGUGCUGGGGCAGGCGAUGGAGCAGGUGACGGGCGUCAGCCUCCUAUCCAAGCUGCUGAUCUGCGCCUUCACGCUCAGCCUGGUCUACCUGCUUCGCCUGGCCAUCGGUCACCUUGCCCCGCUGCCGGCCGGGGCGAAAAGUCCACCGCACAUUUUCUCUCCGAUUCCAUUCCUUGGGCAUGCCAUAGCAUUUGGGAAAAGUCCAAUUGAAUUCCUAGAAAAUGCAUAUGAGAAGUAUGGACCUGUGUUUAGUUUUACGAUGGUGGGCAAAACAUUUACUUACCUUCUGGGAAGUGACGCUGCUGCACUGCUUUUUAAUAGUAAAAAUGAAGAUCUGAAUGCAGAAGAUGUCUACGGUCGCCUGACAACACCUGUGUUUGGGAAGGGCGUUGCUUACGAUGUGCCUAAUGCAGUUUUCUUGGAGCAGAAGAAAAUACUAAAAACUGGCCUUAAUAUAGCCCACUUUAGACAGCAUGUUUCUAUAAUUGAAAAUGAAACAAAGGAAUACUUUCGAAGUUGGGGAGAAAGUGGAGAAAAAAAUUUGUUUGAAGCUCUUUCGGAGCUCAUAAUUUUAACAGCUAGCCAUUGUUUACAUGGCAAGGAAAUCAGAAGUCAACUCAAUGAGAAGGUGGCACAACUGUAUGCAGAUUUGGAUGGAGGUUUUAGCCAUGCAGCUUGGCUAUUGCCGGGUUGGCUCCCUUUGCCUAGUUUCAGACGCAGAGACAGAGCUCAUCGGGAGAUCAAGAGUAUUUUUUAUAAGGCAAUCCAGAAACGCAGACAGUCAGAAGGAAAAAUUGAUGACAUCCUCCAAACAUUACUAGAUUCUACUUACAAGGAUGGGUGUCCCCUGACAGAUGACGAAAUAGCCGGCAUGCUUAUCGGGCUGCUCUUGGCCGGGCAGCACACGUCCUCAACCACGAGUGCCUGGAUGGGCUUCUUUUUGGCCAGAGACAAGACACUUCAAGAAAAAUGUUAUGUAGAACAGAAAACAGUCUGUGGAGAGAAUCUGCCUCCUUUAACAUAUGACCAGCUCAAGGAUCUGAAUUUACUUGAUCGCUGUAUAAAAGAAACAUUAAGGCUCCGGCCUCCUGUAAUGACCAUGAUGAGAAUGGUCAAAACUCCUCAGGUUGUGGCAGGGUAUACCAUUCCUCCAGGACAUCAGGUGUGUGUUUCUCCCACUGUCAAUCAAAGACUUAAAGACUCUUGGAGUGAACGUCUAGACUUUAAGCCUGAUCGCUACUUGGGGGACAAUCCAGCAUCUGGAGAGAAGUUUGCCUAUGUGCCAUUUGGAGCUGGGCGUCAUCGUUGUAUUGGGGAGAAUUUUGCUUAUAUGCAAAUCAAGACAAUUUGGUCCACUAUGCUUCGUUUAUAUGAAUUUGAUCUCAUUGAUGGAUAUUUUCCCACUGUGAAUUACACAACCAUGAUUCACACCCCUGAAAACCCAGUUAUCCGAUACAAACGAAGAUCAAAAUGAAAAGUGCUGCAAGGAACUAAAACAUGUAAUACCACUGUAAACAGCAAAAGCAUUUGAAGAGAAUGAAAUUUAUGAAACAA